UCUAGCGUGCAAAAAGCUAAAUCGGCAACGCUGCAGCUGACCAAUAUUCAGCGAUUAAAAAAUAUUGGGAAUAACCAGGAAUACAAGUUACCAAAAUGAACCGCUUUGAGUAUGUGGAGGCCCGCCUCAGUCCCAACGAAUCGUUCGUCAGCCGCGACAACAAGGUGAAAAUAUACGAUGGGGACAACAAGACGGAGUUUGAAGAAGGCGAGGUUGUGCUCACCACGCACAGACUGUUUUGGGGACGUCCUGGCGAGAUAGCCCGAGCCGCCGUGACCCUUUGCCUGCCCCUCAGCUAUGUGAUAUCGCUCAGCGAAGAAACGACAGCCUCCAACUUCUUUGGCAGAAAAACCCGCAUAAUAAUGCACCUGCGACCGCCAUCGCCCGCCAAAGGGCCUGGCCCGCUAGACACCAGCCGUGCUACCCACAUCAAGCUGUCUGGAAAGAACGGCUUGAGCGUUGAGUUUCACAGUGCCCUUAGGGAAACCCUCAGUGCGCGCGUCUGGGAGAUCUCCCUAACCAGCGAGACCAUCGUGAGCAAAGUGGCCAGCAGCCCGAACUCGGACACUGGCAACGACCGGCUAGCUCGCAUUCAGAAGAGAACAGGAAUCGGAGGCAUUGAGCGUCAUCUGGAGGCGAAGGCCAAGGCCACGGAUGAGAACAUAGCGCUGGCCUUUCAGGAUCUCAGUGUAUUAAUGGCCAUGGCCAAGGACAUGGUUGGCAUCUCGAAGGCAAUCAGCGGCAAGAUUCGCGAGCAGAAAGGCGAGAUAUCUGAUGAUGAGACGGUGCGCUUCAAGUCCUACCUCAUGAGCCUGGGAAUCGACGAUCCUGUUACCCGUGACAACUUCACCAGCAAUACCGAUUACUUCUCCAGCCUGGCGCAACAGAUUUGCGAGGUGCUUCUGGACCCGCUUGAGGAGCAAGGAGGCAUGAUGUCUUUGGCUGACGUUUACUGCCGCAUAAAUCGGGCUCGGGGACUGGAGUUACUGUCGCCAGAGGACUUGCUGCACGCCUGCGAGCAGCUGAGUGGACCAAUACGCCUUCGCAGUUUUCCGAGUGGCGCUAGAGUCCUGCAACUGGAGUCACACGAUGAUAGCCUAAUUGCUGUCGACACUUUGGAGAAGGUUCAAGCAGCCGAGAGUCUGGCAGUGGAGGAACUCGCCAAGCAGCUGGGAAUCUCCCUUCUACUGGCCAAGGAGAGGCUGCUGGUGGCCGAACGUCUGGGCAGCGUGUGCCGGGACGAGUCCAUAGAGGGUCUCCGUUUCUAUCCCAAUCUUCUGUUAAACCGCGACUAGCUAAUUGAACUGUGCUAACUACGAUAAGCUUGAUAAAUAAAGGACUUGAAUCAAACCUAGCAGCGGUUGCCGAAACCACAGGCCGACAAAAAUUGAAAAGGACUUAGAAUCAAGAACCGAAAUAUACUCUUACGAUAGUUUGUGAUGCGCUGAAGUCAAAUCUGGUCUUUGAAAAUUUCCUAUGCCCCAAGUUUUUAAAAUAUUCUAUCUUAAAGGUAAUAAAAAAACGGAUUUCGUGUACGCUAUCAUAAAAUAUUGUCCUUAGCCUAAAAGUAUUUUUUUUUUUAAUUUGAAAAAAUAUUUAUUUAUCUUUGUUAUAUUGUUAUUUUUCCAUGUGCAUUGCCCAAUUCAAGACACUCAGAAAUAUAUGCAAAUAUUGAUAUAAAUUCUAGAACCGAACCCAAUAAUUUUUUCAAA